AUGGAAACGAACAAUGGUACCUUAGAGAUCAAAAGUGAUGAACAGCCAACCGGAAAUGUGACACAAAGUCAAAAUGGCUUACCAGAGGCAGAUAAUAAACCAUCAACAGUCAUCAGGAUCCCGGAAAGGGUUCCUUGUGAAACAGCUGACCAUGACAUUUCUAAGGAACUGGAAAAGCAGCUAGAAGACAUUAUCCAGACAUAUGCCUCUUCUGAUGUUACAAGUAUUAAGAAUGAGAGUAUAACUUUACCAACCAAGGAGGAACAAUCAAAUGAUGAUGGAGAUACUGAUGUUACAAACACAGAAGAAUCAAAAGAAUCAAUUUCUUCAUCAGAUGCCCCAUUGGCCAAGGACCCAGCUGUCAGCAAAGAGCAAAGUCCUGAAAAGAAAAUUCUGAAGGGAUUAGGUAAAGAGGCAGCCCAACUUCUGCAAAGCCUUAACAAGCUUACCACACCAGAGGAAAAACUAGAAGCCUUGGCAAAGAAGUAUGCAGAACUGCUUGAAGAACACCAUACAGAACAAAAACAGAUGAAGCAGCUGCAAAAGCGACAAUUGCAGCUAAUAAAAGAAAAAGACCAACUACAAAGCGAUCACAGCAAAGCUAUUCUUGCACGUAGCAAACUGGAGAGCCUAUGCCGGGAGCUACAGAGACACAACAAAACACUCAAGGAAGAGAUAAUUCAGCGUGUUCGAGAGGAUGAAGAAAAACGUAAAGAUAUCACUAAUCAUUUCCAGAUAACACUGGCAGAUAUCCAGAGCCAGAUAGAGCAGCAGAGUGAGCGCAACAAUAAACUGUGCCAGGAAAAUGCUGAGCUAGCAGAGAAGCUCAAGAGCAUUGUCAGCCAAUAUGAAGGCAGAGAAGAGAAUCUGGACAAGAUGUUUAAACAGAGGGAACUUCAGCAAAAGUUGGUGGAUGCCAGGCUAGAACAAGCCCAAGAACAUAUGAAAGAAUCAGAGGAGAAGCACAAGCGGGAAAAGGAUUUUUUGCUGACACAGGCUGCUGAAUGGAAAGUACAAACCAAAAUGCUGAAAGAUCAAGAGACUCUCCUGAAAACCCAGAUUGCGCUAUACUCUGAGAGAUUUGAUGAAUUUCAGAGUUCCCUGACUAAAAGCAAUGAAAUUUUCACAAGUUUCAAAAAAGAAAUGGAAAAGAUGACAAAGAAAAUGAAGAAACUGGAAAAGGAUACGAACACCUGGAAAACACGGUUUGAGAAUUGCAAUAAAGCUCUGCUGGACAUGAUUGAAGAGAAAGCUCUGAAGGCUAAAGAAUAUGACUGCUUUGUGGUAAAAAUUGAGAGGCUGGAAAAGCUUUGUCGAGCACUGCAGGAAGAAAGAAUUGAACUGUACAGAAGAAUUAAAGAAGCCAAGACACACGAUAAUGAUGAGGUGGAGGAGGACGAAGAUGUAGCUGAUCGUGAGGACCUUGACACUGCAGCACAAGAUGAAAGCUCUACCACAGAGCCUUCUGGAAUAGAUGAAAAAAUCAUCAAAGAUCUAGAAACUGCUUUUAAGGUGACCCACUGUUUGCAGGAGACCGCAGAAGAAAGCAGUCUGGAAUGUCUACAAUCAGAUGCCAGCAAAUUGGCUACUGCAGUUGAACAGCCUGCAGAGUCAUUAGAAGGUGCAGCCUGUCCAGAGGUGACAGUACAGAAUCCAUCAAAGGUUGAAUCACAACAAGGUUCAGAGUAUAAUGACAUGGAAGAUGUAGACUAG